GGCUGUGGCUGCGCUGCAUCCGACUGGUGGGCUCAGGACCUGGAUCGGCACCCGAGCCUGUCAUCCGGGAGGGGUCGGCGGGGUGCAGGCGGCAAUGCACCCGGGUCCCCCGCCUACGGGCCGCGCCCAGCUUGCGGCCCCCGCCCCACGGCCCCGCCCCUUGCCCCACCCCAGCCGGGAGACUUAGCUGGGGCCGCAGCGCGGCGGCGGCAACAUCACUCUCGCCGCCGCUGCUCCGCCCCAUCCCCUUCUGUUUUUCUCUCAUUCUCUGGUGGCGGCGGUGGGGAAGGCGGAGGCAGAGGCAGCAGCAGCCGCGCUGGCUGCAAUGAAUGAUCCCCCAGCUGGGGGGCAGGACUCCAGGUGAGCCUCUGCCCUCGGGAGGGCCGGGACCCCCGGCCGCCCCGCACGGCAGCCCCAGCCAUGGAUCCCUAGAGGGAGGAGGAGGAGGAGGCGAAGACAGCCCUGCCACCCACCCCCAUCCCAUUUUCCUCUUCCUUUAUCUCAUUGUUGCCGGAGCUGUUUACAGCAGCGCUCCCUCUGCCCCAGCAUGGGGCGGGCUCCCGGCACUGCCCUUCGGCAGGCGCUGCUCCCGCGGCUGCCCGGAGAUUCUGCCUAAUUCUACCUCCCCGGCCGGUACACCGAGGAUCUGAAAGCAGUGGAGGCCCGGACUGCAGCAGCAGCGGGGCCACUUCCCAGCAUCCCCACCCUAGGAGGCUGCAUGCGGAUUGAAGAGCGGCGCCUGGGGGCUGGGCCGGCCCCGCCGAUCCCGACCUAAGGAACAGGACAGCAGGACCGCCAAGGCUGCCGAGGGGAGCAGAGGAAAGGACAGAGCAGCAAGAUGGCCAGUAAGACCAAGACCAGUGAGGCCCUGAAGGUGGUGGCCCGGUGCCGCCCCCUCAGCAGGAAGGAGGAGGCAGCUGGUCACGAGCAGAUCCUGACCAUGGACGUGAAACUGGGCCAGGUGACCCUGCGGAACCCCCGUGCAGCCCCUGGAGAGCUGCCCAAGACCUUCACUUUUGACGCCGUGUACGAUGCCAGCUCCAAGCAGGCAGACCUGUAUGAUGAAACCGUGAGGCCCCUGAUAGACUCAGUGCUUCAGGGUUUCAAUGGCACAGUGUUUGCCUAUGGCCAGACGGGCACUGGCAAGACCUACACGAUGCAGGGAACCUGGGUGGAGCCUGAGCUGCGCGGGGUCAUCCCCAACGCCUUUGAACACAUCUUCACCCACAUCUCCCGCUCCCAGAACCAGCAGUACCUAGUCCGAGCCUCUUACUUGGAGAUCUACCAGGAGGAGAUUCGAGACCUUCUCUCCAAGGAGCCAGGCAAGAGGCUAGAGCUGAAGGAAAAUCCUGAGACAGGGGUCUACAUCAAGGACCUUUCUUCCUUUGUCACCAAGAAUGUCAAAGAGAUCGAACAUGUGAUGAACCUGGGGAACCAGACUCGUGCGGUGGGCAGCACCCACAUGAAUGAGGUCAGCUCCCGCUCCCACGCAAUCUUCGUGAUCACUGUGGAGUGCAGUGAGCGUGGCUCUGAUGGCCAGGACCACAUCCGUGUGGGGAAGCUCAAUCUGGUGGACCUGGCUGGCAGUGAGAGGCAGAACAAGGCAGGCCCUAACACCGCUGGAGGGACAGCCACACAGUCUACGGGUGGUGGUGGCAGUGGCAAUGGAGGUGGUGGUGGCAGCGGUGGAGAGAGACCUAAGGAAGCCUCCAAAAUCAACCUCUCUCUGUCUGCCCUGGGUAACGUGAUUGCUGCUCUGGCCGGUAACAGGAGCACCCAUAUCCCCUACCGGGACUCUAAGCUGACCCGGCUGCUACAGGACUCUCUGGGCGGGAAUGCCAAGACCAUCAUGGUGGCCACACUGGGGCCAGCUUCUCACAGCUAUGAUGAGAGCCUCUCCACCCUUCGCUUUGCCAAUCGAGCCAAGAACAUCAAGAACAAGCCUCGGGUGAAUGAGGAUCCCAAGGACACGCUGCUGCGGGAAUUCCAGGAGGAGAUUGCCCGCCUGAAGGCCCAGCUGGAGAAGAGGGGGAUGCUGGGGAAGAGGCCCCGGAGGAAGAGUAGCCGCAGGAAGAAGGCUGUAUCGGCCCCAGCUGGGUACCCUGAAGGGCCAGUGAUUGAGGCCUGGGUGGCUGAAGAGGAGGAUGACAACAACAACAACCACCGCCCGCCCCAGCCCAUCCUGGAGUCAGCCUUGGAGAAGAACAUGGAGAAUUACCUUCAGGAACAGAAGGAACGGCUGGAGGAAGAGAAGGCGGCCAUUCAGGAUGACCGCAGCCUGGUGAGUGAGGAGAAGCAGAAGCUGCUGGAGGAGAAGGAGAAGAUGCUGGAGGACCUGCGGCGGGAGCAGCAGGCCACAGAGCUGCUUGCAGCCAAGUACAAGGCCAUGGAGAGCAAGCUGCUGAUCGGUGGCAGAAACAUUAUGGAUCACACCAAUGAGCAGCAGAAGAUGUUGGAACUGAAGAGGCAGGAGAUUGCUGAACAGAAACGUCGUGAACGCGAAAUGCAGCAGGAGAUGAUGCUCCGAGAUGAGGAGACCAUGGAGCUCCGGGGUACUUACACCUCCCUGCAGCAGGAGGUGGAGGUCAAAACCAAGAAACUCAAGAAGCUCUACGCCAAGCUGCAGGCGGUGAAGGCAGAGAUCCAGGACCAACAUGAUGAGUACAUCCGCGUGCGGCAGGACCUGGAGGAGGCGCAGAACGAGCAGACCCGGGAACUCAAGCUCAAGUACCUAAUAAUCGAGAACUUCAUUCCCCCUGAGGAGAAGAACAAGAUCAUGAACCGGCUCUUCCUGGACUGUGAGGAGGAACAGUGGAAGUUCCAGCCGCUGGUGCCAGCUGGAGUGAAUAACAGCCAAAUGAAGAAGCGGCCAACAUCUGCAGUGGGCUACAAGAGGCCUAUCAGCCAGUAUGCUCGGGUUGCCAUGGCAAUGGGGUCCCACCCCAGGUAUAGGGCUGAAAACAUCAUGUUUUUGGAGUUGGACGUGUCCCCUCCAGCCGUCUUUGAGAUGGAAUUCUCUAAUGACCAAGAACAAGACCCUCGUGCACUACACAUGGAGAGGCUCAUGAGGCUGGACAGCUUUCUAGAAAGACCUUCCACAUCUAAAGUCCGAAAGUCCCGAUCCUGGUGCCAGAGUCCUCAGCGGCCUCCACCUUCCACCGCACAUGCCUCCCUGGCCUCUGCUUCUCUGCACCCUGCGACAGUGGUGGACCAUGAGUGACAGCCUUCACAGUCAGACUGCCCAUCCAACAGACUUUUAGGAUGGGGCAGCCAACCUGGGCUCAUCUCAUCUGCCGCUUGGUGUGUGUGUGUGUAAGUGUGCGUGCAUGUGCGUGUGUGUAUGUGUGAAGGGGUGAGGAUCUGGCAGAUGCUGCCUCUGCCUGCUAUUCUGCGCCUCCUUUAUUUAAUUCAUGUUAUUUAUUCGUGGAGCUCAGUUAUGUGGGGGAGGUGCCCUCGCCUGAGCAGCUUGGGCCUGUGGCCAUCACUGCAUAGUCUCCUUUUCUUCUGCCUGGAGACCCCUGGUCAGACCUCAAGCUCCUCCCUGUGUCUCCCACCCUCAGAGAGGAAGAUGGCUAGUGCCUGAGAAGACAGUACUUUUUCUACCCACCUCAUUCCAUAAUCUCCAUCUCCUCCUACCCUGAUGGUGAGCAGUCCCUAAGCACUUUCUGGGACUAGAAAACUACAGGGUGUCCACUGAGGACAAGAGACAUCCUAACAGUGUUGGGCCUGUGUUCCUGGUGGACAGAGCCUGCUCUCCACUUUCUGGGCCUCUGACAACCUCUUCUGGCCUCUUGGGCUCUUUUUCAAAGACUUAAAUGACUUCACCAAAACUCAGCCUGUGCUCUUCAGCUUUGUCAAGAACUCACAGCUUCCCAAACUCUGCUUCCUGACCACCUUCCCAGCCCUUGGAUGGGAAUUAUGAACCAACCAGUUGUAGCCAACUCAGGACCUGCUGGAAAUGGAACAGUAUUGAGACAUCGUGGACUGUCAUCAAGGGAAGUUCCUCCUCUGAGUCCCUUUGUUUCUCUCCCUCUAGAAGUUCCUAUGAUUGAGGAACUCUCCAACCAACUCCCCGCCUUUUUCUUGUUUGUAGUCAGUACUGGGGAUUGAGCCCAGGGACACUCCACCAGUGUGCCACACACCCAGUCCGUUUAUUUAUUUAUUUAUUUUAAUUUUAAGACAGGGUCUAAUUUGCCUGGGCUGACCUCGAUCUUGCAAUCCUGCCUCACCCUCUGGAAUCACUGGAUUAUAGGUGUGCACCAUUGUGCCUGGUGCAACUACCAUGGCUUCUUCCUGCUUCCAUCAUUUUUCCCUGCCCCAUCUCAGUUCAUAGUGGGAGGGAUCUGCUCCUGGCUAAAUGAAGGUAUCCAAAUCUGUGGUUUUCCUCCUGUAUUUGGCCCAGGAGAUGGAGACCCAGGCGCAAUCAUUGCUAGCCUUGCCUAAUACUUCUGUUUCUCAGUCAUAUUUUGAUGGCACGAUUUUGUUGAAAACUGAUCUGUCCAUUACCGUGUGUGCAAGUUGGUCCCUCCUCAGGAAUCUUCCAUUGUGACAGCCCAAAAUGACCCCAGGUAUCACAAGUGAUAACUAAAUUUCUACACCUACCCCCCCCAAAAAAAGAGUUAAUUUUUAUUGACUUUUUUAAAUCAUAUAAAACUUUCAUUAUUUUUUAAAAAGUCCUUGCACAUACUCAAUGCCACAAAAUUGUAUAGAGUUACUUUUUUUUUUCUUUUCUUUUCUUUUUGUUUUUGGUACUGGGGUUUGAACUC